UUUGGAACGCAGUUAAUAUAAAUAAAUGUCAUUUUUGUUUUGUACGUUCAUUAAUUUUUCAUUUUUAACUAUAUUUUAUUGUUUUUAUACUUUAAAACCCAACUGUCCUCAUUAGUAUUCUGUCAUUCAUAAUAGAAAAGCGUGUGCGUAAUGACCAACGCUACCAUUCAGGAGAUCGAAGGAAUCGAUGAUUACUGGGGACCAGCUUUCCGAUCAGUUUACGAAGGUGAAGGUCAUGAGGCUUUUGUGCAGCAACUUGAUGAGAGAAUCAAGCAGCAUGAUAAAGAGAUAGAAAAACUAUGCAACUUUCACUACCAGGGAUUCAUUGACUCCAUCCGUGAGCUGCUACAGGUACGCUCACAUGCAGAGGAGUUGCAUGCAGAAAUAUCAAAUGUUGAUGCCAAUGUGAAGGAGGCAACAGAAAGUCUGUGUACGGGUGCUGAUGAAUUGAUAAGGGCGCGCCGUGUAGAACUCAACAUUGCUGCUACAAUUGAGAAAAUGGAGCUUUGUUUACCAUUGUUAACAACAUACUCCAAGCUCAAAACUCAAGUGGAGGCCAAGAGAUACUAUCCUGCUCUAAAGACUUUAGAGCAGUUAGAGCAUGUGUUACUGCCACGCGUGGGUCCAUACAAAUGGUGCUCGCAGAUAUCGUCGGACAUACCGCGUCUGAGGCAGUCCAUACAAGACGCUUCAAUGGCCGACUUAAGGGAUUUCCUCGAGAACAUACGCAAGCUUAGUCCCCAGGUUGGAGCAAUGGCUUUGAAACAAACUCAAGAGAUGUUGGGCAGAAGUUUAGCUUCGAUAGUAAAGAAUAAAAAAGACAUGGCAGUUCUCGGUAUAACGGGACGAGACAGCGCUGGCCCACAGUGUCCCCACGAAUUGGUGGAUUUCAGCCCACUUCAUCGCUGUCUGCACAUACAUAGCGUGCUGGGUGCUAAGAAUGACUUCAUACAGUACUAUAGGGCGCAACGUAAACAGCAAGCUCGCCUAGUGCUCAUCCCAUCAGGCAACCUGCACGAUUCAAUACAAAGCGUCAAAAACUAUCUGAACGCAGUACUAGGCUUCUUCAUCCUCGAGGAAUAUCUAUUGAGCGCUGGCGCAGGCCUGGUGUCCAAGGACUGGCUGCUGGACACGUGGAGUAUGGCCAUCACCAAGGUGGCUUCCACCCUGAGGACCAACACCUCACUUAUCACCGACCCCACACUGAUGCUCAGCGUCAAACACCAGAUCGUGCUGUUUAUUAACACGCUCAAGUGCUACGGCUUGCCAACAGAACCGCUACCACUAUUGUUACAAGAGAUGGCCGAGCACUACACAGAAGUGUUGAUGCAAAGAUGGGUGGUCGUUUUCAGGGAUAUUCUUGAUAACGCGCCAUUCUUGCCCGUUGAGGUAGAAAACCAAGAGCAGUAUGAUGGAGUCAUGGACACGUUUCCUUACGACGGCGAAGAGUUAGAGAUGCAACCGUUCCCUCGAAAGUUCCCGUUCUCAUCUAUAGUGCCGGCAGUAUACGUGCAAGUGAAGGAAUUCAUAUACGCGUGGCUCAAGUACUCGGCCGGGCUUGGACUGGGUGGCAGUAGACGUGCAGCCGCCGCCAGGCAUUCCGCCUCUCUACUACUCAGCAGGUCUUUCACCGGUUGUUUGUCUGCACUCUUUCGACGACCUAUACCGCUCAUGCAAUUAACUCAGAUAAUUGUAGAUACAAAAUAUCUGGAGGAUGCCACGCUAUAUUUGUAUGAGUUCAUCAGUAAUAUCACGGGAUCUGAAUUAGUCACUACACAAGCAGCGGGCAGUAUGUUUCAAGCCGCUAGGGACGACGCCGAGCAACAAAUAUGUGAUAAACUCGAGAAAAAAGUGGACGAAUUUCUCGACCUUGAGAAUUAUGAUUGGCUAUUAGUGGAACCGACGGGACAAGCGUCUUCGUUCGUUGCUGAUAUGCUGAGCUACUUGUCUGGAGUACUGACGUCUUUGGAGCAACUACCAGAGAGAGCGCGUGUGGCCGCUGUGCGCGCCGCUACUAACCGCAUAGCGACCCGCCUGCGCAAUCUUCUACUGGAUCCAGCUGUGAAGCAGAUUUCUUCGGGUGCCUUGCAUCAGUUAGACCUGGACGUGAUCCAGUGCGAACAGUUCGCGGCCGGCGAGCCCGUGCCUGGACUUAAAGAGGGAGAAUUAUUAGAACACUUUGCUAGCUUAAGGCAACUUCUAGACCUGGUGAACGGCUGGGAAUGGUCAUCUUACCUCCACGAUAUCGGCAAAGAAGGCGGUAAAUACGCACUAGUCACUCCCCGAGACGCGGCCACACUCUUAGAGAAACUAAAGGAGGCCGAACAAAAGUCGUCCGUCUUCACCGUCUUGAAGAAGAACGAAAGAGACAGAAGGAAGUUGCUCGACACCGUCCUGAAGCAGUUGAAACAAUUGCAGAAUCAGGACGGCUCGUGAUGUGAUACUGAUGGGGGAAGCCUUAAAGUGUUUUGUGACUGCAUUUUUUAACAAAUCGGAUAGCUCAUUUAAGAAUGCAUAUU